GUGUGUGUGUGUGUGUGUGUGUGUGAGUGUGUGAGUGUGUGUGUAAAUGGCUCCUCCUGCCACUGAAAACCGAAAUCGGAGCGCCUGGGCAGUAAAACCGCUUCUCCGGAGCUCAGACCGAGCAGAUUCCCAGUGCGAUGCCCUUUAGGCUCUUAUUUGCAUCCUCCGAGCUCAGCACCGUGUGAGGACCCCGAGGAAAGGGCUGCAGCGGCUUGCGUUUUUCACCAGAAAGCCGUCAAAUGAACUCCGUCAGAGCGACGAACCGCAGACCCCGGCGAGUGUCGAGGCCGCGCCCGGCGCCGCCUGACAGAAACAACGCAGAAAGAGAUGAGGAAGUUCCUGCCGAGAUGGUUGCAGAAGAAUCCGGUCAGGGCGCCCAAAACAGUCCGUACCAACUUCGAAGAAAAUCUCUGUUGCCGAAGAGAACAGCUUGUCCAACAAAGACCAACAUGGAGGGUGCUUCCACGUCAACGACAGAAAACUUUGGGCAUCGGGCAAAACGUGCCAGAGUGUCCGGAAAAUCACAAGAUCUGCCCGUCACCCCGGCGGAGCAGUACCUGCAGGUGAAGCUUCCAGACGAAGUGGUUCUGAAAAUCUUCUCCUAUCUGUUGGAGCAGGACCUGUGUCGAGCGGCCUGUGUGUGUAAACGCUUUAGUGAACUGGCCAACGACCCCAUCCUCUGGAAGAGGCUCUACAUGGAGGUUUUCGAGUACACGCGUCCCAUGAUGCACCCCGAGUCUGGGAAGUUCUACCAGAUCAACCCAGAAGAGUACGAACAGUCCAAUCCCUGGAAGGAGAGCUUUCAGCAGCUGUAUAAAGGCGCUCAUGUGAAACCCGGCUUCGCGGAACAUUUCUACAGCAACCCGGCCAGAUAUAAGGGACGGGAAAACAUGCUGUACUAUGACACCAUUGAAGACGCUCUGGGAGGAGUUCAGGAAGCGCACUUCGACGGUUUGAUAUUUGUCCAUUCUGGGAUCUACACAGACGAAUGGAUCUACAUCGAGUCGCCCAUCACCAUGAUCGGCGCCGCGCCGGGUAAAGUAGCGGAUAAAGUCAUCAUAGAGAACACUAGGGACUCGACGUUUGUGUUCAUGGAGGGGUCAGAGGACGCUUAUGUAGGAUAUAUGACGAUAAAGUUCAAUCCUGACGACAAAUCAGCUCAGCAUCACAACGCUCAUCACUGUCUGGAGAUCACCGUCAACUGCAGCCCCAUCAUUGACCACUGCAUCAUCCGCAGUACCUGCACAGUGGGCUCUGCAGUGUGUGUGAGCGGUCAGGGAGCGUCUCCCACCAUCAAACACUGUAACAUCAGCGACUGUGAGAACGUGGGCCUCUAUAUCACAGACCACGCUCAGGGCAUUUACGAAGACAACGAGAUCUCCAAUAAUGCUCUAGCAGGGAUCUGGGUGAAAAACCACGGCAACCCCAUCAUUAGGAGGAAUCACAUCCAUCACGGCAGAGACGUCGGGGUGUUCACGUUCGACCACGGCAUGGGCUACUUCGAAAGCUGCAGCAUCCACAGGAACAGGAUAGCAGGCUUCGAGGUGAAGGCGUACGCUAACCCUACGGUAGUGCGCUGCGAGAUCCAUCACGGACAGACGGGCGGCAUCUACGUGCACGAGAAGGGCCGAGGCCAGUUCAUCGAGAACAAGAUCUAUGCAAACAACUUUGCAGGCGUGUGGAUUACCUCAAACAGCGACCCCACGAUCAGGGGGAACGCCAUAUUCAACGGCAACCAGGGUGGUGUUUACAUAUUCGGCGACGGUCGAGGUCUCAUCGAAGGGAACGACAUCUAUGGCAAUGCUUUAGCCGGAAUCCAGAUCCGGACCAACAGCUGCCCGAUCGUCCGGCACAACAAGAUCCACGACGGACAGCACGGGGGCAUUUACGUGCACGAGAAGGGUCAGGGGGUGAUCGAGGAGAACGAGGUGUACAGCAACACGCUGGCCGGUGUGUGGGUGACCACGGGCAGCACGCCCGUCCUGCGCAGGAACAGGAUACACAGCGGGAAACAGGUGGGCGUUUAUUUCUACGACAACGGUCACGGAGUGCUAGAAGACAACGACAUCUACAACCACAUGUACUCUGGAGUUCAGAUCAGAACCGGCAGCAAUCCUAAAAUUAGGCGGAAUAAGAUCUGGGGUGGACAGAACGGGGGAAUUCUUGUUUACAAUUCAGGUUUAGGCUUCAUCGAAGACAACGAGAUCUUCGACAACGCCAUGGCUGGGGUCUGGAUCAAGACCGACAGCAACCCCACGCUCCGCAGGAACAAGAUCCACGACGGCCGGGACGGAGGAAUCUGCAUCUUCAACGGAGGACGAGGGCUGCUGGAGGAGAACGACAUCUUCAGGAACGCUCAGGCUGGAGUCCUCAUCAGUACUAACAGUCACCCUGUGCUGCGCAAGAACAGGAUAUUCGACGGGUUUGCUGCCGGUAUUGAGAUCACGAAUCACGCGACGGCGACACUAGAAGGCAAUCAGAUUUUCAACAACCGCUUCGGUGGACUGUUUCUGGCGUCUGGCGUCAACGUCACGAUGAAAGACAACAAAAUCAUGAACAAUCAGGAUGCCAUAGAGAAAGCGGUGAGCAGAGGUCAGUGCCUGUACAAGAUUUCCAGUUACACCAGCUAUCCAAUGCACGAUUUUUACAGGUGUCACACCUGUAACACCACAGACCGCAACGCCAUCUGCGUGAACUGCAUCAAGAAGUGUCAUCAAGGGCACGACGUAGAGUUUAUUAGACACGAUAGGUUUUUCUGUGACUGCGGAGCAGGGACUCUGUCGAACCCGUGCACGCUCGCCGGAGAGCCCACGCACGACACAGACACGCUGUACGAUUCGGCGCCCCCUAUAGAGUCCAACACACUGCAGCACAACUGAAGCUCAGAUGAGAUCACACGCUAGAAAUAAUUCAAUUUUACUCCAACAGACUCUCGGAGAGAGAAAGCGUCGCGCGAACGCUGAAAGGAAACAUUUCUAUUUAACAGACGUUCUGCUGUGGACUCGGCGAGGACUCAGGAUGACGAGAGAAACGGACCCAGAGCGUUUAGGCUCCAUGCUUCCCGUGCAGCCGUUACCGCGCUCUUGUAUAUGUACGGAAAAAAAAGACCCAGCACUUCAGUUUUGCUUUCAUUUCCUUUUGUUUUUGUUUUUUUAAAGAUGUUGAGUUCUCGAGGUUUGAUUUUAAUGCUUUCUCAUGUAGUUUUGUAUUUUCAAGCAAAAA